AUGACUGGAGUCAUACCCGCCGGGGAGUCACCGGACGCUGAGGAACGGGACGCGGCUGUUUCUCCAACGUGGUUCCUGGUGCACCACCUCGAGAAGCACCGCCACACCGGUCAUCGCAGCCAGAGCCUGGACGGCCCUUACCCAACCUGCACAAGGGAAGGGACAGCCUGGUGUGACUGGAGAGGAGAGAGGACAGGAGAGGAGAGGAGGACAGGUGCUCUGCAGAGUCGUAGUCCGCGUCACUCCCAGUCCACCCAGUCUGGGCUAGCUGACCAGGCCGCUAAGCUGUCCUUUGCCUCGGCUGAGUCUCUGGCUGAGACCAUGUCUGAGGCUGACAUCCCCCUGGGGUUCAGCCGAACCAACCGCUUCCGCCAGAGUCUGCCCCUGUCCCGCUCAGCCAGCCAGAACAAGCUGCGCUCCCCAGGCGUGCUGUUCCUGCAGUUUGGGGACGAGACGCGGCGGGUGCACAUCACCCACGAGCUGAGCAGCCUGGACACGCUGCACGCCCUCAUCGUGCACAUGUUCCCCCAGAAGCUGACGGCGGGGAUGCUCAAGUCCUCCAACACGGCCAUCCUGAUCAAGGACGAGGCGCGCAACGUCUUCUACGAGCUGGAGGACAUCCGGGACAUCCAGGACCGCAGCAUCAUCAAGAUCUACCGCAAGGAGCCCAUCUACGCCUCCUACCCCGCCACACACCUGGUCAACGGGGACCCGAGGAGGGAUCUGGUGUACACGUCCCGAGAGUCCUCCCCCACUCGCCGCCUCAACACCCUGCCCUCCUCCUCCGCCUCGCCCCCCUCCGGGUCCCCAGCCCGCUCCCGUCUGUCCUACAGUGGGGGUCGGCCUCCCUCCUUCGCCGGGCCGGGCAGUCACCCCCAGCUCCAACAACACUCCCAGCACCAGCAGCACCAGCAGCACCCCCAGCAGCACCAGCCCCAGCACUCCCACCACCCUGGAGCCGGCUCCCACCACGGGGGCCCCAACGCCGGCCUGUCCUCCUCCCCUAGCGCCAUCYUGGAGCGCCGYGACGUCAAGCCCGACGRGGAGGUUUCUGGGAAGAACMUKAUGCUGGURAAGGAGGGGYUGUACGCYGACCCCUACAGCCUGGUACACGAGGGCCGCCUCAGCAUCGCCUCCACACAGUCGCUGGCCGCCAUCGGAGACCCCUUCRGCUUCCCCGUGUCYGGUGGGCUGUACCGCCGYGGCUCUGUGCGYUCCCUCAGCACCUACUCUGCUGCCRCCCUGCAGGGGGAGCUGGAGGACGCCCUGUACAAGCCUGGAGGUCCCCUCUACUCYGACUCCUACUCCUCAGCCACWCUGGGCAUGGGCUWCCGCAUGCCCCCCUCCUCCCCGCAGAAGAUCCCUGAUAUGCAGCUGAGGGACAGGGGGGACUCGUACUCUAGCUCCCCCAGCCGAGCCUCCCCGGUCAGGCAGACCUUCCGCAAGGACUCAGUAUCCUCUUCCGUGUUUGUGGAGAGCCCCAAGUCCAGGCCCAGUUCCAGCUCUGACCCUCUGUCCCUGCAGGCCGGGCCGGGAGGGGACGGGAGCAGGUUUGCGCCGGGAUACAGCUCCCCACUCCCUGGAGAGACUUCUGAGUCCAGGGAUCGAUUGGAGCGACUGGAUCGUAUGGAGGCCAUGGAGAAACAGAUAGCCAGUCUGACAGGCCUGGUUCAGAGUGUACUGACCAAAGCCCCCGACAGUGACAGCACAUGCGGCCUACUGCGUCUCUGCAUGAUGGCGGGCUGCCCUCCGGACCAGGGCUCGGAGUUCUCACGGCCCUUCCCUUUCUCUUCCAGCGAGAAGACCGAAUCCAACAGCGACGGCUCCGCCACUGGAACUCUGACGCCAUCGGCCCCGCUGGCUCUGAUGCCCCCCCCUCCCUCCGGAGACAGCCAGGUCACCACCGUCACCCGGCUGCAGAUGCAGCUUCACCUCCACGACCUGCAGCAGAACGCCACCGACCUGCGCAAACAACUUCACGGUCAUGGACACAGCCAGCCCUCCUCUGGCCCUCACAGGGACAAUCAUCCCCCUGUGCCCCACAAGGGCCGGGCCCUGGAAGAGCUGGCCAACCGCGCUGCCGCUGAUAAGGCUGUGUCUGUGGAGGUUCGACUGGCAGCGGAGCGGGACUGGGAGGAGAAGCGGGCCAGUCUGACCCAGUACAGUGCUCAAGACAUCAACCGUCUGCUGGAGGAGACCCAGGCUGAGCUGAUGAAGGCCAUCCCAGACCUGGACUUUGCCGCCAAGCAGAUCAACAAGCCCUCCUCCAACACACCCUCCCAGUCUCAGACCCCCCAGAGUGGGGGAGGGACCCCAGAGCAMCGCCCUACCAAGCCCCAGCACGCCACACACAAGCUCUCGGGGAAGGAACCUGGCUCCAGACGUGGUUCUGAUGCAGAGCAGCUGACAGUGACUCGCUAUCGUACAGAGAAGCCCUCGAAGUCGCCCCCUCCCCCGCCACCUCGACGCAGCUUCCCAUCAUCCCCGGCUGGCCUGAUCACCCGCAGUGGAGAAACCCUUAUCCCCGGCAAGAGCAUGAAGUCGGAGGCGGAGGAGGGAGAAGCACAGAAGCCCCAUGUGAAGCUGCGACGGACGGUGUCUGAAAACCCGCGUCCUGCGUCCACCCCUCCCACCAUCGUCUCUGGAGACAAGGAAGAGGGAGAGGAGGACAAGAUCGCUGCUGAACUGGAGCUGUCUAGAGCAUCGUUGGACUGCUCUGGCAUACAGUGGAAGCAGGGCAGCUCAGAAUGCACUGCCAGCAUACUGGCAUCACACUCACAGGCACAGAGCAUGGCCCUUCCUGRUYCRUCCUUCUCUCCUGUCCCCCGGAUUGUGCUGACAGAGURYGUGUCAGUUUCMCYCUCUCCCUCAGAAGGCUUUGUCAGAGACUUGACACAGGACCAUCAGAUGUCCCCAACAGUGGRCCAGUCCCAGAGYMAGACUGCUCCUCCCCAGACAGUCCCCMAGAUCCAGSAGGUCUCUAAGGGGAAGGAUCCCGUCAGCCAGCCCCAGAGGAAGCCYUCUCGGCGGGGGGAGCUGAGAAUCCUGGAGUCCUUUGAGAAGRAGGAAGAGAGGGARGAGAGAGARGAGCUGUCCUUGGUKCUGACUGAGCUGGRGGUGAUGGUGAUGUCACCCUCRGAGRCCCAGAAGCUCAGCAGGACCUGGGGAGAGGCUCUACARACACUSACCAUCCCACCUCAGCCUUCAGAGGGAAGCACUGAAACCCGUCUGUGUGGGGCUCCACUACUGGUACUMUUCAGGGAGACUGUGACGGUCAGAGAGGCCUACAGGAAGCUGCAGUUACUGCUGGGCAGGGAGGAGGACACAGGGUCAUCCAAG